AUGAUGUACGACCGCGAACGCGAUAGAGCACGAAGCGACCGUGAACGAGAAUGGGAAUGGGAGCGUGAACGCGAACGCGAACAUUGGGAACGCGAACGCGAACGAGAUCGAGCUCGCGCCGGUCCACCUUACGCUGGAGGACCUUCAUCGCGCAAUCCGCCUCCUCCGAACCACCCAAACGACCGUCGUUCCCCGAACAUGCCAUACGGCCACGUAUCCACCAGCCCGUCUUCUCAAUCAGCUCCUCCUCGUCGCAAGUGGAGCGGAUCCGAUGACGCUGCCUCUGCCUACCACAAGGAGCGCGAAUGGGAGCGCGAGAGGGAGUACGAACUCGAACGUGAGCGCGAGAUGCGAUGGAGAGCUUCUCAGAGGUCCGGUGGAGGUCCCGACAUGCAGCCUUCUCAGCACGGGCGUGCACUCAGUGGCGACAUGCGCUAUGCUGUCGGCGGUCCAGUCUCGGGAAUGCCCGGCGAGCUCAAUCAAAGUCCUCGCGAGCCCUACGCCUCCUCCUUACCUCCACGACGCAGUCCAGCUCCUGGCCUUUCGAAUCGCGCUGGAGUUGCCGGCGCUCGAGUCCGCGAACAAAGCGCAGAUGUGCCGCUCGCCGCCAUGGGCCCUGAGAGCUCACCUCGCCACGCUCCUUAUCCCGGCGGUCCUUACGACGACCCAAGGUCAGGAUCAAUGCCUCCAGGUCACGCCGGCGGCAUGCUCCCACCCGCUGGUCGAUCGCCUGAACGUAUGCGUGCACCCCUCUCUCACGGCCCUUACGAUGGACACAUGUCCGAGCGCGAACUCAUGCAGCGCGAAAGGGAUCGCGAACGAGAACGCGAAAUGAUGGCUGGCGAUCGUUAUGGCCGUCGCAUGCAUGGUGAGUCCAUGGUCAUGGACGAUCCCUACGAUCGAUACGGUCCUCGAGGUCCUCCUUCCGGCGCUCUCGGCCCUCCCUCCUCCAAGUCUGCCAGUGGUAGGCCAUAUGAUGAGCGCGGACCUCCUCCACCUCUGCCGUAUCCUCCUGCCAGCCCAACACAGAGCCGCGAUGGCGAUCGUCGCAAGGACAAGGUCAAGCAAGCACCGACUCGCGAGCCCUCCGCACCUGCUCAGUCCCGGCCAGGUGGACCCGGCGGUAGCGGACCCCUUCCGUCUCACUUUGAAGCUGAUCGCCAUCCCAGAUCAGGUCCUCCGCCUCCAAUGGGCUCUUCUCGCGAGUCGUCUGUCAAGCUCGAAUCUGGUCCUCGACGAGCACCUCUCUCGCCCACAAGUGAACGAGGUGCUCUCUUCCGCGACGGACCUCAGCAUCGUGGACCAUCCAUACCGCCUUACGGAGGUCCUGCCUCUGACCGAGACAUUCGCGAGCGCGAUCGCGAGCUGGCUCUCCAGCGAGAACGCGAAUACGAAGCCGAACAUGAGCGACAACGGCUUCGCCUCAGGGAAAGGGAGCAGCGAGAACGCGAGAUCGAGCUGGAGCGAGAGCGCGAACGUGAGAUGGAUCGUGAACGCGAACGCGAGCGUCUUCGCAUCGAAGAACUCGAACGUGAACGACAGAAGGAACGGGAGAGGGAGCUCGAACGCGAGCAGGAACGUGAAAGGGAAAAGGAGCGCGAGAAGGAGAAGGAGCGCGAGCGUAGAGAGCGUCGUCGCGAGAAGCAGCAUGCCGAAAAGAUGGCAGCCAUGGAGCGCGAAAAGGAACGCGAGUUUCAGGCACAAGCCCAGGCACAAGCACAAGCCCACGCCGCCGCCGCCGCCGCCGCUGCUGCGGGCAUGCAUCCCGGUGCCAUUGGCGAGUUGCCUUCUCACAUGCGGCCUCCGCCUGCCAGUCUGGAGGAAGCGUUGAUCGCCACCGCACAACAGCAGGCAGCUGCUUACGGUCGUCCGCCCAACAUGGCUGACUUCCACGCCGCCGCUGCCGCCAUUGGCUACCCACCUGGCAUGCCUCUUCCUCCUGCCAUCCAUCCUGCCAUGUUUGGCGGCGGUAUGGGUCCAGGAUCUGAAGCCAUGGUGCCACACCAGCCUCACGUGAUUCGUGACCCUAACGCAGGUCCACGAGUCGAUAGCGAGCCCGUGUGGCUCUAUCUCGAGCUGUGCGAGCGCGACGAAUCUAUUCGCAGAGCCGAGCGUCUGCCUCUCGACAUGCUCGCCGAAGAGCAGAAGAAAGAGAUUGCAGCCGAGCUAGCGGGUGUCGCGCCUGCUAUAGCCGCCGAGCAAGCUCCUCCCGCGUCAGAGGAUGCAGGCGAAGCCAAUGCUUCCGCCGUCGCUACCGUUUCAACCUCGCAAACGGUCUCUGUCGCUGCUAAACAAGCUGAUGCAGCCGCGCUUCCGACAACAGCAGCCGACAAAGAUACCACCGUAUCCGUGACCGAGAUUCCGAUCGAUCCAUUGCCACGUCAUCUCAUUGGCAUGGACAAGGGGCGUCCGGUGCGCCACCUCGGCUCGUGGAUUUACGAUCCUACUGUCGAUCCCCUUUUCCCCGCCGAGCUGCUUGCUCGCAAUGUUGGAUCGACCUUGGAAGUGCGCAUUCCAGGCGAUCUGCUAAGCUGCGGAAGUCGCGGAGGCCCUCACUGGGAGCAGUACCGCAGCCUCGAAACCGAGUGCCUAGCUCGUUGUCAAGUCGGCGAUCCGCUCAAGGACCUCCUGGAAGGCGAACGCGGCCGCGUCGCGCUCAACGGCGCCAGCAACAACUGGAAACUAGGCUGGCGUGGCAAGGAGCAUGCACGCAUGAGCCUCGAGAUGCGUAUCGAGGAACGUAUCGCUGAAGCGCAACUUUUCGGACACAAGCUUCCAGGCAUCUCUCAAGAGUCAUCUGCAAGAGAGGAAGUCAACCGCUCUGAAGAAAAGAAGCAGCCGGAUGGUGUUGCUGCGGCGGUAGAGACGAAAUCUGAAGCGGAUACCAAGGAAGGCGAGACAGCCGGCGAGGUCACCGUUGCCCCGACCGAGAACGGCAUGGCUCUUAAGACGAGCGCUUCGAGCGAGGCUGUCUCACCCUGGCGAUUCUGGCGACUCAACCCUCUCUUUCGUCGAAAGCUGUGGGGCACGGAUGUGUAUACCGAUGAUUCAGACGUCUUGGCCAUGUGUGUCCAUGCGGGGUGGGUCGAAGGUCCGUCGCUUGAAGCCGAGGGUAUUCCUGCCUGGGUGCCUCCGGGUCGGGCUGCUCGCGCCUGGAACGGUCUGACGCUGGCUGGGUCCACCAGCGGUACUGCUGCUGGGAGUACAGCAGACGUACAAAUGUCGGACGCUGCCUCGCUCGAUAAGCAGUCAGCAAGCGUAGCUGUCCGUCCAGACAUCUCAUGCGAUCUUUCGGUCAUCCUGCGCAUCGCACCGAAGCUCAUCGCCUACAAAGGCUGCCAACGCGGUGGUAUCAAGUCACGCUCGUGGGGCAAUUCGCACGAUGGCGUCUCGCUUGUCGUCGAAUCCGUCGAGCUCAAACAGCCAGGAUACGCGCAAUCCAAGGGUCGCAAAUCAGCCAAGGCUCGCAUCGACCAAUUGGCCUUUUACCGCAAUGCCAUGGACAACAGUAGCGCUGCAAAGCCUUCCUCCUCUUCCUCGGGCUCGCCAUCACCUGUCAACGCAGAGCUAACCGCCGACAACGGGCAUCUGGACCUCAAAACGAUCAUGCAGGAUACGCAGCUCAUUCCGCUAUCGUCAGUGGUGGGAGAGCUGAAGAAGUCGAGUCCAGCAGUCGACAAGGAGCAGGCCGAGGCCGCCAAACAGCAGCGGCUAUUCUGGGAGAUUCAAUAG